UCGGUUGCUUGUCUCGCUAACGAUUUGAUCAUGCCUGAGCCGGCCAAGUCCGCUCCUGCGCCCAAGAAGGGCUCGAAGAAGGCGGUGACCAAGACGCAGAAGAAGGGCGACAAGAAGCGCAAGAAGAGCCGCAAGGAGAGCUACUCCAUCUACGUCUACAAGGUGCUGAAGCAGGUGCACCCCGACACCGCCAUCUCCUCCAAGGCCAAGAGCAUCAUGACCUCCUUCUUCAACGCCAUCUUCGAGCGCAUCGCCGGAGAGGCCUCCCGCCUGGCCCACAGAAACAGAAUGAUCACAACACAUUCACGUGAAAUACAGAACUUUUUCAGACUGCUGCUGCCCGGCGAGCUGGCCAAGCACGCCGUCUCGGAGGGCACCAAGGCCGUCACCAAGUACACCAGCUCCAAGUAGACGCGCUUGCCCCGCUUCCUCAACCGACCCAAAGGCUC